CUUCCGCUUCCGGGACUGGCAACAUGGGCUCUCCUGAGGAGCAGUCUAUUCCAGGAGAUGAUUUUUAUGAGGAGAGUGGAGACUUCAACAAGAACUUGAGCCUUGUCUCAAGGCUUGCCGAGAGUAACGAAGAUGAAAGCAGCCUCACAAGUCCCAAAGGCAGCAAGCUCUCACUGGUGUCCCAGCUGGAGGUGUCAGAGAACCCAUCUGUGGUACUUUGGACCGGAGGGUGCUGGCCAGAUUCUCCGGUGCCGGAGGAAGAGAGGCUAGGUUCCCCAGUGGAUGAAAAGGUUGGUUUGGACUUCCUCUCCCAGCCCAGUGUAGAGACUGCGGCCACUGGGCAGCAGGUGACCAACCCAGAGACACCAGGAGUCAGAGAACACCCAUCCCCAGAGAGCUUUUGCGCUGAGACAGAGACAGGCUCCAGCAGGAAAGCUCCGCAGGCUUCGGGCUCUGAGGAGGCAAAGGCAACCUCUGCUGCCACUUUCUUCCCCAAGGGACUGGAGCAAAGCAGAGCUUGGGGGACCCCAAGAAAAAGUACCACUAGUAGAAUGGUGAUCGGCGAGAAUGUCCACCACCCCACUUCCGAACCUGAAUUAUUAGAUGAAUUAAAUGAAGUGCAGAUGAUGAGAGUGACCAUUUGCCUUAAAGAUGGAAACCAGGCUAAGAACAGUGGCCCAGCAGAGACUGGAGACCUAGCUAGACACUCAAGUGUCCAGACCAGGGACAGUUUCAUCCGGAUGCCCUCCUCCCUGCUGACCUCUACUACCCGGGGACUUACCUCUGGCAUGGAAAGACAGGCCUCGAAAGAGCUGGAACCCUUUUCCUCUAAGAAAAAGCAAGGCAUCUCAUGGGGUAAGGGAGGAAGCAAGCCUGGCUACCCAGAGGCUGCUGCUGGGGUAAGUGCCCUGCCCAAGGCAAGUCCUAGAAAGAAGUUGGCCCAGAAGAAAAAACCCCUGUGGGAUGCUUCAGCAGUUACCCUGGGGAGAGCCUUCCAUCAGUGGGGCCAGAGACUGAAGUCAGCUCCUGCAGAACCAGCCACCUUCCCCCCAAUCUCUGGUGUUGGCCUGCCUGGGAGGUCCAAUAAAUGCUCACUGCUGCCUUUAAGACCCAAACAGUGCAAGAACUUCUACACUGGGAAGAGAUCUGGGGCAAAGAGGACAAAGGAGUUACAGUUGGUAACAAAAGAAGACACUGACUCAACCAGAGACUCUGGCUCACAGGUUCAGUUUCCAACACACAGGGCAGAGCCAGCUUGCCAGAGUGUGCAUCAAGAAUUCAGCAGCGGGGAUAUAAACACCCGAGGCCUCCAGGAUCCAGGAAACUCUCAGUCCUCAGUCCUGAGCCAGAGAGGCAUCAUAUCCAAGAAAUCUGCACCCUCUGGUGACCAGGAAGAACCUGUGGGUCCCUCAGCCCUAGAUUCAGAGAUACUGCAACUACCUGGAACACAAGGUUGUCCCCGUUGUCCAGAGUUACAGAAGGAAAUAGAGGACCUUAGGAAACAACUGUCAGCCCUGCAGGCUGUCAAUGAGAAGUUCCAGACCCAUUCAAGUUAAACCCAACAUGUCUACAAAACAAGCAGUUGGCCGUUGUUCUGAUUCCUCCUCCAGAUUCUCCUCUCCUCUUUGCCGCUGCUUUCUUUGCCCCUGCCCCUUUCCGAGUUAACCGUAGUUUCGAAUUCAAAUACUUCUCAGGAAGGAAAAUAGAAGUUUGUUAUAUAAAGUAAAUAAAGAUAACUCUAAAGAAUAUUGGCUUGCUUCUACCUUCUUAAAACUGGUCUAUGUGCCCACAAGACCUGGGAUGGAACACGAGGAAAUACUAUGUGUUAAAGAGGUCAAGGGUAUAUUUUUCAAGCUUCUCUAAGUUUUUUUUAGGCUAUUCAUUUUUCUUUUGGCUUCAAGUACUGUUUGGUUGCCUGUUGUUUGUUUCUUUCCUUGAGGAUGAUCCCACAUCAAGGAAAUCAUAGUGGUUCUCCAGAUAAACAUAAACUACAAUCUCUGAUUUUAAAUGGCUUAGAGGGACUUGCUUUUUACAGGACGAGCACUACUGAUGGGAAAAUAUGAAUAUCGGCACCUGUGUGUCAUUUUAAUAUUUUAAGCAAAGAAUUUAGUCAGCUGACACCUUUCUUUUUUCUUAUGUGUGUUUCUCUGGUAAAAGGUCUGUAUUCUCCCACAAGCCUUUGUUCAAAUAUCAAGGAGCAACCUGUCCAUGUAGUAGCAUUAACGCAUUCUAAGGCUCACCAGAUAAAUUCUUGGUGCCUGGCUAGCACUACAGUGGCAUAGUCAGAACUUCAGAAAGAAGUCAGUUGGGUCUGUUGAAUAUCUAUCCCAACAAAACCUAAAUGGAAAAAGCUCUCUAUGUGAUCAACUCUCCAGACAUGACAAGCAGAAAACAGAUGCAAAGCCACAGCCCCAAACCAAAAGCAGACCAUACAGUUGUUUGCAAACAGAAGCAAAACAGAGAAAAGUCUUGGUGGGAGUCACUUUUCCCACAGUCUUUUUGCUUGUGUCUCAGAUGAAGUGUCUCUAUCCCUUUCACACCUUUCCCCCAGUUCAUCUCAGCUACUUGGGCUGAAUUGAUCAAGCAAACAGUACUCUUUAGAAUCUAGAAAGAGAAAGGGUGUUUUAUUUGCUCGUGGAGAGGAGAGAUUCACACCAAUAUCAGAGAACGAAAUAAUUCACAGUGUAAACAUAACUGUAAGCUAUGUGGCAUCGCAGACAGAGUCCUGUGCUACACUUUUAACUCAUCUGUUUCAGUGCUUUCUAAUGAAGCGUCCUUGGAAGACUCAGUUUUAUUCCCUUGGACUUUCAUUCUUCGUCCAUAAGGUGGGGAUAAUAACAACAGUGAAUCUUUGCAUGUGAGGAAGAAUUACCUAAAGUUUAAAGUCAAAUUUCAGGAAAAUAGACAAAACCAUCUAUGGUUUUAAAUCUAAAGACAGUAGAGCAAGCACAACGUUGACGAUAGUUUUUACACCCUGAAGGUAGAAAUAGCUCCCCUCCUACCUUUAACUGUUGGGGAAUGGUCCAAGAAUUAGUGAAGACAGCAUCCCUGGACCUUCUGUGACAUUACAGGGAAGAAGCAAACAGGUAGCUGGGAGAGGAGAAGCAGCCCCACUGGUUGAGAGAAUCUGGCCAGAAACCCUGUGUAUGUACAGAACAAAGAGUCAUGAAAACUUACAGUGAACUCUAUCUCUACUCUUGUAAGAAAAUGCUUUCUCUCUCUCUCUCUCUCUCUCUCUCUCUCUCUCUCUCUCUCUCUCUCUCUUUCUCUCUCUCUCUCUUUCAUACAACAUUGCUCUCUGAAAAACUUUAAAAAUUAUCAAGGAAGCCAGGCAUAGUAGCAUGAGCCUUUGAUUCCAGCACUUGGGAGGCAGAAGCAGGAAGAACUCUAUGAAUUCAAGGCCAACAUAGCCUACAUAGUGAGUUCCAAGACAGCCAGAGCUAUAUAGUGAAACCC